GUCGCUUAUAAACCAGGCAUGUCGUUCCGUCGAGGUGUGGUCAGGCAGAGUAAAUUCCGCCACGUGUUCGCGCAGGCCUGGAAGGCCGAGCACUGCCUGGACGACGUCCGAGUGUCCCGGGUGACGUGGGACGGCCCCCUCUCCGCGGUCAACCCCAAGUUUGUUGCCGUCGUCGUCGAAGCGGGAGGGGGAGGCGCUUUCCUCGUCGUUCCCAUCACCAAGAGCGGCAGAAUCGACCAGUCCUGCCCCACAGUCUGCGGCCACGCUGCACCCGUUCUGGACAUCCAGUGGUCCCCUCAUGAUGACAACAUCAUCGCAAGUGCCUCAGAGGACUGCACAGUGAAGGUGUGGCAGAUUCCAGACGGUGGGCUGGCAGCCCCGAUGACUGCCGCCAUCGUGACCCUUGAGGGUCACAGUAAAAGAGUGGGAAUCCUGGCGUGGCAUCCCAGUGCCUUCAACAUCCUCCUAACUGCAGGUUGCGAUAAUGUGAUUUGUGUUUGGAACGUGGGCACGGGGGAGCUAGUGUACCAGCUCGGUGACGCCCACCCCGACCUGAUCUACAGUGUCAGCUGGAACAAGGAUGGCAGCGCCGUCUGUACGGUGUGCAAGGACAAGGCCCUGCGCAUCAUCGACCCCCGCAGAGGCACUGUCCUGAAGGUGAGAGAGAAGGUCCAUGAUGGUACGAGGCCCAUGAGAGCCGUCUUCCUUUCGGAUGGAAAAAUCUUGACCACAGGCUUCAGCCGUAUGAGCGAGAGGCAGCUGGCUUUGUGGGACACAAAAGAUCUCUCAGAGCCAAUGGCCAUACAAGAAAUGGAUACAAGUAAUGGAGUUCUUCUACCUUUUUAUGACCCCGACACUAACAUGGUCUACCUCUGUGGAAAGGGCGACUGCACCAUCAGGUACUUUGAAGUGACGGAUGAAUCCCCAUACGUGCACUUCCUCAGUUUAUACAGCAGCAAGGAGCCUCAGAGGGGUGCAGGCUUUCUUUGUAAAAGAGGCGUGGAUGUCAACAAGUGUGAAAUUGCCCGGUUUUAUAAGCUGCACGAAAGAAAAGUGGAACCUAUUUCAAUGACUGUACCACGAAAAUCAGAUCUGUUCCAGGGAGACCUUUACCCUGACACUGCUGGUUUAGAGCCGGCUCUGUUGGCUGACGAGUGGAUCGCUGGGCAGGACGCUCCACCUUUCUUAGUCUCCUUGAGCGGUGGGUACACGGCUCCUCCAUCCAAACACAGAGACACCCUCAAAAGCAAGCCCAAACUCACCUCUCAGGACUCCGGGUCUGGAGGAGCCACAUCUUCAGCAGGGAAUGUAGCAACCGUUCCCACAUCUACGCCUACCUCUGUCACCAAGGAGAUGGAAGAAGAGACGCCACAACCACGAGUGGCCGCAAGAGAGAUGGACGGAAAUACGGAAAAGCCAAGGAGAGAGGAUGAAAUGCUGACAGAGUUGUUAGCAGAAAUGAAGGCUUUACGGGCCGUGGUGCUCGCUCAGAACCAGAGGAUUGAGCAUCUGGAGAGGCAGCUGGCUCGCAUUGAAGAUGGCGAUGUAUGAGGCGGCAAAA